CUCGGCAUCUUGUCAUGUCUAUUACAGAGAUAUUUAAGUCUACUGGAAGCGAAUGGCACAACCCUUAUCAUCCUGCGAAACGGUUAAAAGCAAACACCGGAGCCCCGUCGGCUGGUCCCGUUCAAACGCGAACGGAUGAAAGCAGAGCGACGUGGAAGAAAACUAACACCACGGAUAGCCGCCCGACCGCCGCAGGAUGUGCAGCCCAGUCAGGCACGCUCAGAGGCAGAUUCUCAACCUGUUACUAUUGUGUUCCGGGUCCGAGAUGAGAACAGAUGUUGGAGGAUGGCUUAUGAGGUCUGCGUUGAUGAUCGGUCCAACCAGUUGCAGGUGGAACAACUGGCAAGGAAGGAGGCGAGAGACCGGCAGGCCACUUUCUAUGAUAAGGACCUGCAGAAACUUACUCCGGCACAGUGUUUCGAGGCGGCAAUUGAAGAUGACACGAAUACAAUCUUUAUGAAUUUCGGGGGAGAGCUUAGGAUGGAUGAAGACACAAUAAGGUCGAUCGCACGCGAAGUGGAAUUGUGAAGACUCCAGUAAUAUUGGGGUUGUCGGCAGACCAGACAGGCCGCAACA